CAUCCCUCUCUUACUUGUUCAUCAUCUCUCUUGCUCACAUCCACACACCACAUGUCCUGGAAUAACAACAACUACGGCCAGCAACAGCAAGGCGGCUGGGGUCAGCAGCCCCCUCAGCAGCAGAACUGGGGAGGCGGCCCUCCUCAGCAACAGCAGCAGUGGGGUGGCCAGCCUCAGCAACAACAAUGGGGUCAGCAGCAGCCCCCGCAGGGCCAGUACGGCGCCCCCCAGCAGCAACAGCAGUGGGGCCAGCAGCCUCCUCCUCAGCAGCAACAGAACUGGGGCGGACAGCAGCAGAACAACCAGUGGGGAGGCCAGCAGCAGCAACCUCCUCAGCAGCAGUGGGGCCAGCAGCCCCCUCAGCAGGGCUACGGCGCUCCUCCCCAGCAGGGCGGCUACGGCAACGCGCCCAGCUAUGGCCAGGCGCCCCCGAACCAGCAGUACGGGCAGAACUAUGGCGCGCCCCAGCCCGCGUUCAACCAGAGCGCUGGCGGCCCGCGCUUCCUCGGCGUGCAGAUCCCCGCCCCUCCGCCCGCGCCGCCCAUUGCCAACCUGCCAAACUACAACCCCCAGUUUGAUGCCGACCGUAUCCGCAAGGCGACCAAGGGCAUGGGCACCGACGAGCGUACCCUUAUCGACACCCUCGUGCCGCUCGACGCGUUCCAGAUCGAUGUCCUCUCGCGCACGUACGAGCAGACGGUCGGCCGGUCACUUCAGAAGACUCUGGAAAAGGAACUUUCCGGCUGGUUCGAAUACGUCCUUGUUCUUCUGUCGCGCGGCCCUCUUGGCGGUGACAUCCACCUGCUCAACAGAGCUUGUGCCGGUGCCGGAACCCACGAGGACCUCCUGACCGAGAUUCUUAUCGGCCGCACCAACGAGGAAAUCUUCCUCCUCAAGGAGGGCUACAGGCGCGUCUACAACAAGGACCUCGUCAACGUCGUCAAGGGCGAGCUCAGCAUGAAGACGGAGCGCAUGUUCGUCAUGGCUCUGACAGGCACGCGUGACGAGUCGCCCCAGGUCAACCCACAGCAGGUGCAGCAGGACGUCGAGACCCUCUACCGCGCUGGCCCGGGCAAGGCCGGUACCGACGAGAUUGCCAUCUGCGGUAUCCUCCUGCAGCGCUCGGACGCGCACCUCCAGGCCAUUGCCGCGGCGUUCCCUGCCCGCCACCGCAAGUCGCUCUCCGACAUGAUUGACAGCGAGUUCUCUGGCCACAUGAAGCAGGCCCUCCUUCACGUUGCCCGGGGUGCCGAGCACGACGGCCAGGGAGUGUUCCGUGACGCCACCCUCCUCGAGGCUGCCAUGGCUGGCAUGGGUACCAAGGACGAGAGACUCUCGUACCGCAUCGUGCGCUACCACUGGAACCGCCCGCGCUUCGGCGCCAUCAAGAACCAGUACCAGCAGCGGUACCGCAAGAGCCUGCGUGCGCGAGUCGAGGGCGAGACGUCAGGCAAGUACGAAAAGGCGCUCGUUGGCAUCAUCGAGCAGAACUAGGCAGGCAGGAAGGGAUCGGUGUCUCAGUUUAAUCGAUUAGUAUCCUCUCGCUUUUGUCUGCUCCUCCUUCUGGGUUCUGUCAUGAUCAUGCGCGCGCGUGUCUGCAAAAACACGAGACAGACACGCCGCGCCAGCGGGUAUAGCCGUUGGAGAAGUGGAUGCAUGGC